CAGUCAGCUGAGACACACACACACACACACACACACACACACACACACACAGGGGGGGCCUGAACUCUUUUAGACAGACUGAGCUGCUGUCAGUCGAGGGCACGCGUCUGUCUUCUUCUUCAUCAUCACCUCGUGGCUCGCCGGAGGGGAAAACAGGGACUCGUCUUCGUACCUGGCCGCUCCUCUUUGGACUCACUCAUAGCAGGUGACGUGCCAGCACGUCUCCAAACAGGAUGCGUUGGUUGAGCGUGCUGCUGCUGUGCUGCGGCGCGGCGUGCGAGUCCGGGCUGAGAGAGUACUUCCUCAGAAUAGAGGAGGUGUCUUGGAACUACGCCCCGAGUGGGAUGAACAUCAUCCAGAACCGCACCCUGGAGGACGAUGAAGAAGCCUCCGUCUUCCUAAAGCGAGGCCCCCAGCGGAUCGGCUCCACCUACAAGAAGGCCGUCUACAAGCAGUACACCGACGCCACCUACAGGGUGGAGGUGACCAAGUCGGACUGGCUGGGCUACCUGGGGCCCCUGCUGAUGGCCGAGGAGGGCGACACGGUGGUCGUCCACCUGAAGAACGCCGCGUCCCGCCCGUACAGCAUCCACCCGCACGGGCUGAACUACAGCAAGGGCAACGAGGGAGCCCUGUACCCAGACGGCACCGGUCCAGAGCUGAAGCGAGACGACUCGGUGGCGCCCGGUACGUGGGUGACAUACGAGUGGACCUUCUCCGAGUUCAACAGCCCAACGUCCGAGGACAGCAACUGUCUGACCAGAUUCUACCACUCCCACGUCGCCGCUCCGAAGGACAUCAACACGGGACUCAUAGGACCCCUCAUCCUCUGUAAGAGAGGAACCCUGGACGUACACGGCGACAAGUCCGGGGACUACCUGUACGCGCUGCUGUUCAUGGUGUCGGACGAGAACUUCAGCUGGUACCUGGACGAGAACAUCAGGACGUACGUCACCAGUCCCGCCGCCAAGCUGAAGGAGGACGAGGAUUUCAUCGAGAGCAACAAGAUGCACGGUAUAAACGGCUUCCUGUACGGCAACAUGCCUGGACUGAGCAUGUGUCAGGGCAACGCGAUCCACUGGCACGUGUUCGCAUUGGGGAACGAGGUGGACAUGCACUCGGUUCAUUUCCACGGCCAGAUCCUGACCACGGAGAACCGCCACACGGACACCAUCAGCCUUUUCCCGGGCUCCAGCACCACGGCGGAAAUGGUGGCCGACAACCCGGGACACUGGCUGCUGACGUGCACGGUCAACGACCAUCUGAUGGCUGGAAUGCAGGCGAUAUUUGAGAUCAAGAAGUGUUUCCCCAACGUCCACAAGGCCAGACCACACGGGGAAGUCAGACAGUACUUCAUUGCUGCCGAAGAGGAGGUGUGGGACUAUGCUCCUACACUGCCUACUGAUGGUGAGGCAGACAUGUUUGUAACCAGAGGUCGGGAUCGCAUCGGAAGCCGCUACAAGAAGGUGCGCUACGUGGAGUACGUCGACAACACCUUCCUCACAAAGAUGCUGCGCAGCCCGCACGAGCAACACCUCGGCAUUCUGGGUCCUGUGCUGCGAGCUGAGGAGAAGGACACUAUCAGGGUGGUGUUCAAGAACAAAGCCAGCCGGCCGUACUCCAUUCAACCACACGGUGUUCAGUACAGUAUAGAGCAGGACGGGACGCUCUACCACAACGAAUUGGAAGAAUCUUACACUGCCAAAAAAUUGCGGGAGCUAAGGAGGGAAGCAAGAGUGGUGACCCCUCCUCCGGCCGCUCUGGUGCGACCUGGGACGGUGCACACCUACGAGUGGACGGUGCCGGUGGGCGCCGGUCCGGUGCAGGGCGAGGCCGACUGCCUCACCUAUCUCUACUACUCUGGGGUGGAUCCCACCAAAGACACCAACUCUGGACUGGCGGGACCCCUCCUCGUCUGUCGACCGAGGUCACUGAAGAAAGGGGAGCAGAAGAACUACAACAAAGAGUUCCACCUCGUGGCCACGGUGUUCGACGAGAACCUCAGCUGGUACCUGGACGACAACAUCCGGGCCUUCGCCACUGCCCCGGCCACCGUCGACAAGGAGGACGAGGGCUUCAUGGAGAGCAACAAGAUGCAUGCCAUCAAUGGGUUCGUGUACAGGAACCUCCCAGGCCUGACCAUGUGCAAGGGGGACAAGGUGACGUGGCACCUGUCGGGACUCGGGUCCGAGACGGACGUCAACAGCCUCUACUUCCAGGGAAACCGCUUCCUCUAUCGCCAGAACAGACGGGACUCCAUCAGCGUUUUCCCCCACAUCUCGCACACCGUCACCAUGGAGCCGGACAGCAUGGGUCAGUUUGAAGUGGUGUCUCCGACGGUGAACCAUUACCGCGGCGGGAUGAGAGCCAACUACACGGUGCAGAAGUGCAGCAUCCUCCAGCGUCAGGGCGAGACGAUGCUCCACUCGAAAACAUACUACAUCGCCGCCAUGGAAACGGACUGGGACUACGCCCCGAACCGCACCUGGGAGGUGGAGAUGUUCCGUGGGCAUCAGAGUCCCGCUCCACUCUACUUGGACAAACAGGGCGGAUUCAUAGGCUCCCGCUACAAGAAGGUGGUCUACCGCCAGUUCACCAACGACAAGUUCACCAAGCAGGUGGAGAGAGCGGCCGACAUGGAACACCUCGGCAUCAUGGGUCCCAUGAUUCAUGCGGAUGUGGGGGACAAAGUGAAGGUGGUUUUUAAGAACAUGGCCUCCAGACCUUAUUCCAUCCAUGCCCACGGGGUGAAGACGGAGACCCCCGACGUCUACGACACCAAACCAGGUGAGACUCACACCUACUAUUGGUAUGUCACGAAGAACACGGGCCCGACCGCAGAGCAGGAGGACUGCACCGUGGCAGCGUACUCCUCCACUACUGAUGUUGUCAAGGACAUGUAUAGCGGUCUGAUUGGCCCGUUGGUGAUUUGUCGCCGUAGCUGGGGCAGGAGUCUGGGACUAAAGAAGGAAGUAGAGGAGUUUGCACUGCUCUUCCUGAUUUUCAAUGAGAAUGAAAGCUGGUACCUGGAUGAAAACAUCCGGACCCACAUCACGAACCCUCGCGCCAAUCUGAAGGACGAUGAAACCUUCAUAGAGAGCAACAGGUUGCACGCCAUUAAUGGCUAUGUGUACGGUAACGUGCUGGGUUUGAACAUGGAGGUGGGUGAUAAGGUGUACUGGUACCUGAUGGGGAUGGGCGAUGACGUAAGCAUGCACACCGCACACUGGCACGGACACAAUGUGGAAUACAAGGUGGGCGGAGGUCCUCAUGUUACCGACGUGUACGAGUUGUUUCCAGCCACCUUCCAGACGGUGAAGAUGCGUCCGCAGUUUCCCGGCACCUGGCUGCUCCACUGUCACGUCACCAAUCACAUCAAAGGCGGCAUGGAGGCGAUGUACACCGUCACUGAGAAAGCGAAGAAGAGGGGAAUCUUUGGCUGAGCACUCGAGGACAACAGCAAAAACCCACCGGUGACAAGUCACUUCUGCAGCUAAUUGAAAAAUACUUCAGCCUAAUACGAGGAGACAUGGCACAAAGAACAUUCCUAGAGUCAUUUUAUUUUACACGUGCAUUUUUAUAAUUGUCUGGCUGCCUCCGUAUUUCCCCACUGAGAGGGAUCACAGUAAUAAUGCAGGGAAAAAAUAAAGCUCAAACCUGAAAGUCAA